AUGAUCUUCCUCAGACAAGUCAGACUUCUGCUGUGGAAAAACUGGAUACUUAGAAAGCGACAGAAGCUUCGUCUUCUGGUUGAGCUUUUAUGGCCUUUGUCCUUGUUUCUUGUCCUCGUCUGGCUGAGGAGGGCUAACCCUGUCUAUCGCCAACAUGAAUGUCAUUUCCCAAAUAAGGCAAUGCCCUCUGCAGGAACUCUGCCAUGGCUACAAGGCAUCUUCUGUAACAUGAACAAUCCUUGUUUCAGAAGUCCUACCCGUGGGGAGUCUCCAGGCAUUGUGUCCAACUACAAUAAUUCUAUUUUAGCAAGAGUGUACCAAGAUGCUCAACAUAUUUUACUGGAAGCCCCUGGAAUAGAGCUGGGCAGACUCUGGGAAGAAUUGCGCAUCUUAACCCAUUUUAUGGAAACAUUGAGGACUCAUCCAGAAAGAAUUGCAGGAAGAGGGAUACGAAUCCAGGAUAUCUUAAAAGAUGGAGAGACCCUAAGUAAGUUUCUGCUUGAUGAUUUGGGCCUUUCUGAUAUGGUGGUUUACCAGCUGAUUAAUGCACAAGUGCGACCUGAACAGUUUGCCUUUGGAGUCCCAGACUUGACGUUGAAAGAUAUCGCCUGCAGCCAGACUCUACUGGAUCGCUUUAUAAUAUUCAGCAGUUCUAGGGGCUUUCAAAAAGUACACGAGGAAAUGUGUGCCCUUUCCCAGCACAGAUUACAAAGGGUGGAAGACUCUUUAUAUGCAAACAUAGACUUCUUUAAGCUUUUCCAUUUGCUUCCCACUGUUUUAGACAUUAACGCACCAGGUGUUGAUCUGCGCUUGUGGAGUCGAAUACUUUCUAAUGUGUCUCAAGCAGUGCGACAGCUAAUACGUAGGCCAAGCGUUCAGGAUCUUUUAUCUGUUCUGCGACCACUUCUGCAGAAUAGCGAGCCAGGAUCCUUAUGGCAAUUGAGGAGUAUUUUAUCUGACCUUCUCUGUGGCUAUCCAGAGGGAGGCGGCUCCAGAAUAGUCUCUCUUAACUGGUACGAAGAUAAUAAUUACAAAGCCUUCCUUGGGGUUGACUCUGCAAAGAAGGAAUCCAUUUACAUUUAUGAUAACACAACCACACCUUUUUGUAAUGCAAUGAUACAAAACUUGGAAUCCAACCCUGUCACCAAAAUUGCUUGGAAUGCUGUGAAACCCUUACUGAUGGGGAAAAUCCUCUACACUCCUGAUUCGCCUGCUGUGCAGGAGAUACUGAAGAAUGCAAAUUCCACAUUUGAAGAACUUGAGCGCCUCAGAUUGAUCACUAAAGCCUGGAAAGAAGUAGGAUCUCAGGUGUGGAACUUCUUUCAGGGCAGCGUGCAAAUGAACAUGAUUCGGGAUACUCUGCAAAAUCCUACAGUCAAAGGUUUCUUAAAUGAGCGGCUGGGUUCUGAAGGUCUAACAGCAGAAGAUGUGAUCAAUUUUCUGCACAAUGGACCACCAGAGAGACGAAGGGGUGGCAUGGUGAAUUUUGAUUGGAGGAAUGUCUUCAGUGUCAUCAACCGUGCUCUCAAUACAAUUCACCAGUAUCUGGAGUGCUUGACCCUUGAUAAAUUUGAAGGCCAUGCUGAUGAAACUCAAAUAGCUCAUCACGCCGACUACCUUCUGGAGGAAAAUAAAUUUUGGGCUGCUAUUGUCUUUCCUAACCUGAAUGUAGCAACCAACCAGCUGCCACCUCAUGUGACAUACAAGAUACGUAUGGAUAUAGAUGCAGUGGAGAAAACAAACAAAAUCAAAGACAGGUACUGGGAUCCUGGGCCAAGAGCUGACCCAGUGGAUGAUUUACGUUACAUCUGGGGAGGGUUUGCCUACCUACAAGAUAUGAUUGAGCAUGGAAUUAUCAAAACCCAAACCAGUGCUGAAGUGCCUUCAGGGAUCUACCUGCAACAAAUGCCCUACCCGUGCUUUGUAGACGACGUGUUCAUGAUUACUCUGAACCGUUCUUUCCCCAUCUUCAUGGUGUUGGCUUGGAUCUAUUCUGUCUCCAUGAUAGUAAAAAGCAUUGUACUGGAGAAAGAAAUGAGACUAAAGGAGACCAUGAAGAAUAGGGGGGUCACUAAUGGGGUGAUCUGGUUCACAUGGUUCCUUGACAGCUUUAUCAUGAUGGCUGUGAGCACUUUUCUCCUGACAGCAGUCAUUACGUAUGGCAAAGUGCUUCACUAUAGCGAUCCCUGCCUCCUCUUCCUUUUCCUGCUGACCUUCACCACAGCAAGCAUCAUGCAAUGCUUUUUGCUCAGCACCUUCUUCUCCAAAGCUAAUCUGGCAGCUGCCUGCAGCGGAGUCAUCUACUUCACACUGUACUUGCCUCACAUCGUCUGCUUUGCCUGGCAGGACUGGCUGACUGUUAAGCUGAAGAUUAUUGCGAGCUUGCUUUCCCCUGUGGCUUUUGGGUUUGGUACAGAAUAUUUAUCACGCUAUGAGGAGCAAGGUCUUGGGCUACAGUGGAGUAACAUCCAAACCAGCCCACUGGAAGGAGAUCAGUACAGUUUCUUGCUCUCUAUAGAGAUGAUGCUCUUUGAUGCUUUUAUCUAUGGAUUGCUCACUUGGUACUUGGAUAAUGUCUUUCCAGGAGACUACGGGAUACCACGACCUUGGUAUUUCCCUUUGCAGCCGUCUUACUGGCGUGGAUCUGGAUGGCUGAAGGCUGAGAAAACAGCAACUGCUGAGGACAGAAGUUCAGAGAAGGAAAGCAGUGUCAACACGAAGUCUGCAGAGGAAGAGGCGAGAAAAAGUGUGCCUGAGGAUUCUGCCAAUGGAGAUGACAGUCAGAAGAAGAAGGACGGUAAAGAAAAUAAAUGUAAACACAAAAGAACGAAAGAAUCCAAUGGACAGGAGACCCCUACAAUAGAAGCAAAAGAUGAAGCUGAAAUGAAUACAAACCCCUUCUUUGAAGCGGAACCUUCUGGUCUGGUCCCAGGUGUGCGCAUCCAGAACCUAGUAAAGAUCUUCCCCGGUUGCUCCAGGCCAGCAGUGGAUGGCAUGAGUAUUACUUUUUAUGAGAGCCAGAUCACCGCUUUCCUUGGCCAAAAUGGAGCUGGAAAAACUACUACAAUGUCAAUCCUCACUGGUCUGUUCCCACCCACAUCUGGAACAGUACUAGUAGGUGGUAGGGACAUCCAGACACACAUGGACUCCAUCCGGCAGAGCUUAGGCAUGUGCCCUCAGUACAACAUCUUGUUUAAACACCUUACUGUUGCAGAACACAUCCUAUUUUACGCUCAGCUGAAAGGAAGGUCCAGAGAGGAGGCUGAAAUAGAAAUGGAGAUGAUGCUGGAAGAUACAGGCCUCCCGCAUAAAAGGAACGAAGAGUCGCAAAACUUGUCAGGGGGCAUGCAGCGAAAGCUGUCUGUUGCUGUUGCCUUUGUUGGAGAAGCAAAAGUGAUUGUUUUGGAUGAGCCCACCUCUGGAGUUGAUCCUUAUUCCCGCCGAUCAAUUUGGGAUCUGCUACUGAAGUAUCGUUCAGGUAGGACCAUCAUCUUGUCUACCCACCACAUGGAUGAAGCAGAUAUCCUUGGAGACCGGGUUGCCAUCAUUUCCCAAGGGAAGCUGCACUGCUCAGGAUCUCCCGUUUUCCUAAAGAACUCCUUUGGAUCAGGCUUCUAUCUCACCUUGGUCCGCAAGAUGAAAAAUAUCCAGGACUGUGGAGGGAAAGAUCCAACCUCCUGCAGCUUGGGAUCCAAGUGUUCCUGUUCCUGCUCCAGUUGUGUACCUUCAAGUAAGGCCGAAACUCUAGAACAGGAAUUGGACGGUGAUGUGAAUGAACUGAACGAACUGAUCCAUCAUCAUGUUCCAGAAGCAAAGCUAAUUGAAAGCAUUGGGCAAGAGCUUGUUUACCUGCUGCCCAGUAAGGACUUUAAGCAACGAGCCUACGCCAGUCUUUUCAGAGAAUUGGAAGAAACCCUGGCUGAUGUUGGACUCAGCAGUUUUGGGAUUUCAGACACGCCGCUUGAAGAGGUUUUCUUGAAGGUUACAGCUGAAACACAAAAUGCAGGAACCACACAUGAGAAUGAUUCUACAGUUGAAAAAGCAAAUGCUAGGCAAGAAGUGGAAGCCCACCAAGCUUCUCUACCAACCAACGGUGCUUCUCGAACCCCUGUGACUCCAAAACGAGAUAGGAGUGAAGGCAAAGGAUCCAGGCAGAAUAAAGGUUGCCAACUUAUUCUUCAGCAAAUUAAAGCGCUUCUCAUCAAACGAUUUCACCAUAGCACCCGUAGCCUUAAAGACUUUUUUGCCCAGAUUGUUCUCCCUGCCAGCUUUGUGCUGCUUUCUCUUGUCCUAACAGUCCUCAUCCCUCCAUUUGGUGAAUACCCCAGUUUAACUCUCCACCCCUGGAUUUAUGGACAGCAGUUCACGUUCUUCAGCAAUGAGCGGCCUGGGAGUGAGCAGAUGGUUUCUCUUACUGACGCCUUCCUUAAAAAACCAGGAUUUGGAAAUCGCUGCUUGAAGAAAGAGCCCCUUCAGAACUAUACUUGCAUUAAUACGUCAGCGACCUGGAAGACGCCAACUGUUCCUUAUAACGUAUCUGUCCUUUUUCGCACCAACAAGUGGAGUCCUGACAACCCCUCACCCUCCUGCAAAUGCAGCACAGAGACGAAGCUCAUUAUGUUACCUGAGUGCCCUUUGGGAGCUGGAGGGCUUCCUCCCCGACAGAGAGUUCAGCAUACCACAGACAUUCUUCAGGAUCUCACUCACAGAAACAUUUCCGAUUUUCUGGUGAAAACUUAUCCCAGCCUCAUAAGAAGCAGUUUGAGGAGCAAAUACUGGGUUAAUGAGCAAAGAUAUGGAGGAAUUUCCAUUGGAGGAAAACUCCCAGUCCUUCCUGUCACUGGAGAGCAAAUCAUUGGUUUUCUCAGAGAUCUUGGUAAAAUGAUGAACAUAACAGCGGGAGAAGCAUCCAUAGCUGUCUCUGAAGAAAUGUCAAUUUUUCUAAAACACAUGGAAACUGAAGACAAUAUUAAGGUAUGGUUUAACAACAAGGGCUGGCACGCCAUGGUCAGUUUUCUCAACAUCGCCAACAAUGCAGUCUUACGAGCCAAUCUUCAUAAAAGCAAGGACCCUGAGGAGUAUGGGAUAACUGCCAUCAACCAUCCACUGAAUCUUACUAAGGAGCAGCUCUCUGAAGUCACUGUGCUGACCACUUCAGUUGAUGCUGUUGUUUCCAUUUGUGUGAUUUUUGCCAUGUCCUUCAUCCCGGCAAGCUUCAUUUUAUACCUGAUCCAAGAACGAGUGACAAAAGCCAAGCACCUCCAGCUGGUCAGUGGUGUCAGCCCUCUCGUCUACUGGCUCACCAAUUUCCUUUGGGACAUAGUGAAUUAUACUGUGAGUGCUGCCCUGGUAGUGGCAAUAUUUAUUGGUUUCAAAAAGAAAGCUUAUACAUCGCCAAGCAACCUCCCCGUGUUUACAGCUCUGCUACUUUUAUAUGGAUGGGCCAUAAUUCCAAUGAUGUACCCAGCAUCCUGCUUCUUCGAUGUUCCCAGCACCGCCUAUGUUGCCUUGUCUUGCAUUAACCUCUUCAUUGGUAUCAACAGCAGUGCCAUUACAUUUAUUCUGGAGCUCUUUGAAAACAACCCAUCUUUGCUGAAAUUCAACAAAACAUUGAAAAACAUCCUCCUAGUCUUUCCUCAUUUCUGUUUGGGCCGUGGACUCAUUGACCUCGCUAUGAAUCAAGCAGUAACUGAUGUGUAUGCUCGAUUUGGAGAAGAACAUGCUUUGAAUCUAUUUCAUUGGGAUUUUGCUGGAAAGAACAUGGCUGCUCUGGCAGUGCAAGGGGUUGCCUAUUUUCUUCUGAAUCUUCUGAUGCAGCACAAGUUCUGCUCUUCAAGAUGGCUGCCUCAAAAUACCAUGAUGCCUGUUGUGGAUGAAGAUGAGGAUGUUGCAGAGGAAAGACAGCGAAUCAUGAAUGGAGGCAGCAAAGCAGAUAUCUUGAAAUUACAAGAGUUGACCAAGAUUUAUGGAGGUAGGUGCACACCAGCUGUGAACCAACUCUGUGUUGGCAUUCGUCCCGGAGAGUGCUUUGGUCUCCUGGGAGUGAAUGGAGCUGGAAAGACAACAACGUUCAGAAUGCUAACUGGGGACACUAACACAACGUCUGGUGAUGCUGUAGUGGCUGGUUACAGCAUAUUGACUCAUCUCUCUGAUGUACAUCAAAACAUGGGCUACUGCCCACAGUUCAAUGCUAUUGAUGAUCUACUCACAGGAAGAGAGCACUUGUAUCUUUAUGCUCGUCUACGAGGUGUCCCAGAAGCAGAAGUCGAAAGGGUAGCAGCAUGGGGAAUUCAGAAGCUUGGUCUCUUGACAUAUGCUGAUCAGUUGGCAGGUACUUACAGUGGUGGCAACAAGCGCAAGCUCUCCACUGCCAUUGCACUGAUAGGCUGCCCUCCUUUAGUCCUUCUGGAUGAGCCAACUACAGGAAUGGACCCUCAGUCCCGACGUUUCUUAUGGAACUCGAUUGUCAGUGUGAUAAGAGAGGGAAGAGCUGUGGUUCUGACCUCACACAGCAUGGAAGAAUGCGAGGCACUCUGUACACGCCUGGCUAUCAUGGUUAAAGGGUCUUUCAAAUGCCUGGGGACUAUUCAGCAACUCAAAUACAAAUAUGGAGAUGGCUACAUUGUUACCAUGAAAAUCAAGGCCCCUAAACCUGGAUUGCCUCCAGAUCCAAGUUUAGCUGAGCGGUUCAUACAGCUGAACUUCCCAGGCAGCAUACAGAGAGAGAAGCACUACAACAUGCUUCAGUACCAGAUAUGCGCCUACUCCCUGGCCAGGAUCUUCCGAUUAAUUCUCUCCAACAAGGAAUAUCUGAAUAUUGAAGAAUAUUCUGUCUCACAAACUACUCUAGAUCAGGUUUUUGUGAACUUUGCUAAACAACAGAUGGAGGAUGAGGAAAUUCCUCUCCACCCACGCGCAGCUGGUGCUAACAGAGACGUGAAGGUGACCCCUGCUUUCUCUCGGCAGACAAAAGCAUAG